CGUUUACCAGAGCUGUGGCACCAUUACAGGGUGUAAGAUCUCGGCUGGAAAACACUCAUUUGGAGUAUUGAAGGAGUCAAAGGAAGGACAGUAUAACUUGGUGAGUCUUGCUUUUAAAAGACAAUUCAGAUACCAAGACAAAUGGCUGAGAAAAUCACACUCUUAGAAAGUUUCCUGAACUGCCAUGUGUGUUCAGAGACUUUCAGAGAUCCCGUGUCUCUGAGCUGCAACCACAGAUUCUGUUCAAGCUGCCUGCAAGAAUACUGGGAACAAGCUAAAAACAAAAACUGUCCCAUCUGUAAGAGAAAAUCCUCAAAAGAUAACCUGUUUGUGGACUUUGCACUGAAGGAACUGGCUGACUCCUUUGCUGGGAGACAGAAAGCUGGAUCAUGUGAGACAGAGACAGGAGACAUGGAGGUGGAGGUGGUGUGUAGUAAACAUCAAGAAGAGCCUAAAUUGUUCUGUAAGGAUGAAGAUAGAGUUGUGUGUCCUGUCUGUGAGUUUUCUCUCCACCACAGUCACAAGGUGGAUCCUGUUGAACAAGCAGUCAGUGACCUGAAGGACCAGCUGAGAUCUGACUUAAAGUCUCUGCAGGACAAGAGGGACAAACAUGAGAAAGUGAAGAAUACAUACGAUGAGGUGAUUCAACACUCCAAGAAUCAGGUGUUGUCCACAGAGAGGCAGAUCAGAGCAGAGUUCAACAAGCUCCACCAGUUCCUGAGAGAGGAAGAGGAGUCCAGACUGGCUGCUCUGAGGGAGGAAGAGGAGCAGAAGGGGAAGACUAUCAGCAGAGAGAUGAAGAUGAUUCAGCAGCAGAUCUCCUCUCUGUCAGACUGCAUCUCUGCUGUUGAAGACGAGCUGCAGAAACACAACAUGUCAUUCCUCAGCAGUUAUAAAGCCACUCAGAGCAGAGCCAGAGUCCAGAGCUCACUGUCAGAUCCACAGCUGGUCUCAGGAGCGCUGGUAGAUGUGGCCAAACAUCUGGGCAACCUGUCCUUCAGAGUCUGGGAGAAGAUGAAGGAGGAGGUCCACUUCAGUCCUGCCAUUCUGGACCCAAACACUGCAAACCGCUGUCUCCAUCUGUCUGAUGAUCUGACCAGUGUGAGAUGUGACACAAUGCAGCAGCUUCCUGACAAUCCAGAGAGACACACUAGAUAUAACAUGGUUCUGGGCUCUGAGGGCUUCAGCUCAGGGAAACACAGCUGGGAGGUGGAGGUGGGAGACCAUCCUGUGUGGCGUUUGGGUGUGGCCAAAGAAUCAGUUGACAGGAAGGGAAAUCUGUGUGUGUCACCAAAAUAUGGAAUCUGGUGUAUUAUGCAUGAUGAUGGAAAGUACACUAAUGGUCUCGGUCAGACUGUCACAGUGAAGAAGAGUCUCCCGAGGAUCAGAGUCCAGCUGGACUAUGACAGGGGGGAGGUGUCCUUCUUCAACCCUGAAGACAACGCUCUCAUCUACACUCACAGAGACACUUUCACUGAGAAACUCCUCCCAUUUUUCAGUGUUGGAAGAACUGGUGAUGCCAAAACUGCUACUGUUAAAAUCUGUCAAAGUGAUGUUUCUCUGUAAUGUUCAGGAAUGUUAGUGAAGACUUUACUGUGACUUCACUGUGUGUAAUAAUGUACUCAGUACUCAGUCUGCAUUACAUCAUCAGGUUAUAAACUUUCAUACAGGUACAAAUCAAUUUAAAUGUUAAAUGAUAGCUUAUUAGCCUGGUUAUCUUGUUUUAAUCAGACCACAAUAUAACACCUAGACCUGAUUCUUUGUUUGCAGUUGUGUAAUUCUGUAACUUUUAUCGUCGUCAUACAUUAAUUUUAGUUUGUAAGAUUUCUGGAUCUUUUAAUGAGUUUUAUCAGUUUUGUUAAUGUUUUAAUUUCAGUGUUUUACACUUUACACCUGAAGUCUCAGUGGUUCAGUGGCUCUGAUUGAUCGUUUGUGAUUUUGUUCUUCAGCAGUCGAUUUGUUGUCAAGAACUGUCUAUAAUUAAUUAUGCAAAGUGUUUUUAUCUUGUUCUAUUGUUUUCAUGGAAACUUGCUGCAAAAAUGUUUGCACCUAAAUCAUUGUUUAGAGCUGAAAAUCCUUUGAAAGUUCACGACCCAUUAAAUAUUUAGUUAUAUUUUGUUGAGCCAACACAUAUAAAGAUGGUAACUCCCACUUUUGAUAUUCUGCUGACUUGUUAAUGGAUCAGCUGAAUAUUUGCUCACAUUGUUUUGUGAACACAAAAUGCUGAAACUGAAUCACAGUAUCAGGAGAAGAAUAAAAUUGUGAAUUAUCCUGGC